AUGCAAAACGUCAAAGACAUAUACCAAGAUGUUUUUGAAGGUCUUGGCACCUUAGGUCCAGCACUGCAUCUUGAAGUUGAUCCUGAAAUGUCGCCUGUCCAACGCCCACCAAGAAAAAUCCCAGAGUCGCUGAAGCAACCGUUGCGAGAACAUUUGGACGAACUUGUCAAGCUUGAGGUCAUAGAACGAGUAGACUAUCCAACAGACUGGGUCAGCGCAAUUGUUGUUGCACCAAAACCCAAUGGCAAAAUUAGAUUAUGCCUCAAUCCCAGACCACUCAAUAAAGCGCUGAAACGAUGCCACCAUCCAAUACCGACAAUUGACGACGUACUUCCAGAACUGUCCAAUGCAAAAGUCUUUACCAAAGUCGACUGUAGCAACGGAUAUUGGCAAGUACAAUUAGACAAAGAGUUGUCUCUUUUAACGACGUUCAACACUCCAUUUGGACGAUUUAAAUGGCAACGGAUGCCUUUCGGGAUCUCCCCUGCAGGAGAGAUUUUCCAGCAACGACUAGACCAGGCAAUUGAUGACUUGGAUGGUGUACGGACUGUUGCUGAUGACAUUUUAGUAAUAGGAAAUGGAGAGACGAUGCAGGAAGCUGUAGCCGACCAUGACAGAAAGCUCAAGGAACUAUUCGACCUCUGCAGAGCUAAACAUAUCAAGCUUAACCCAAACAAGAUUGAGUUGAAGAAGACCUCAAUGCCAUACAUUGGCCACAUUCUUACCUUUGAUGGUGUCCAAGCAGAUCCUGCUAAAGUACAAGCCAUACUAGAAAUGAAGCAACCCACAGACGUGGCUGGAGUCAGGAGAAUCCUCGGAACAGUUAAUUAUCUUGCCAAGUUCCUUCCCCACCUCUCACAAGUAUCUGAACCACUACGACAACUCACAAAAAAGAAUCAGCCUUUUGAUUGGGACAAAUCGCAUGACGCCGCUUUCACCCAAAUAAAGAAAUUGAUCACAGAACCGCCAGUCCUCAAGUACUAUGAGUCAACCAAACCCCUGAUAAUACAGUGCGACGCUAGCGACCAUGGCCUGGGGGCCGCACUCAUUCAAGAGGGAAAGCCUGUUGCAUUUGCCAGCCGAGCAUUGACGCACGCGGAGAAACAAUACGCUCAGAUAGAAAAGGAACUGUUAGCUAUAGUUUAUGGAACCGAGCGUUUUCACCAGUAUACAUGUGGCCGACCAGUCACAGUAGAAUCAGACCACAAGCCGCUCGAAGUCAUUCAUCAGAAACCUCUGUCAGCAGCACCUAGACGUCUUCAAAAGGUGAUGAUGAGAUUACACCAAUAUGACUUAACCAUCGUUUAUAAGAAAGGGUCAGAGAUGCUGCUAGCUGACACACUCAGUCGUCACCAUUUAGACAACUCCACCGACGAAGCACGCAGCGUCGACAGCGAUCUCGACCAAGUGGACAGUUUGGAAGAAAUCAACGAAAUACUAAAUUGUGAAACAACAACCAUAUUCCAAGACCACACAACGAAAGAUCAAGACCUACAGCAAGUCAAAUCAUUCAUCCAGUCAGGAUGGCCCGAGAGCUCCAAAGAUCUAUCUCCAGCAAUCACCCCGUACUUCCAUCUACGAGACGAACUAACAACACAAGAGGGCCUCGUGUUUAGGGGAGACCGCGUCGUUAUCCCAAAAUCACUACGAAAGCAAGUACUGAAUGAAUUGCAUGCAGCACACCAAGGGAUCGCAUCGACAAGUCGGCGAGCCAGAGAAACCGUCUACUGGCCACACCUGAACCAAGAAUUGAAAGACCACAUCUCACAUUGCAUCACCUGUGACACAUUCAAUUCCAAGCAGUCGAAAGAACCUCUCAUCCCGCAUGAAAUACCAAAGAGAGCAUGGGCAAAAAUCGGUUGUGAUAUCUUUGAAUUUGAAAAGAAAUCGUAUUUAGUAACAGUGGACUACUACUCGAACUUCUUCGAAGUUGACCGCCUUGAAAAAUUGACAUCACUGGCAGUCAUAAAGAAACUAAAGCCCCAUUUCGCCAGGUUCGGUAUUCCAAAUACUCUCUUGACAGACAACGGCCCACAAUUCAUCAGUGAUGACUUUCGAGACUUCUCUAUGAAGUACCAAUUUGAGCAUAUAACGACCAGUCCCUAUCACCACCAAUCCAACGGCAAAGCCGAAUCUGCCGUCAAGCAAGCCAAACGAAUAAUUCGAACAUGCAAAUCAUCAAACGAUGACAUUUACCUUGCCCUUCUUGCCCACCGAAACACCCCCCAAACAACUCAUGAAACAAGCCCCGCACAACGACUGUUUAACCGCCGUACAAAAACUCCCUUGCCCGUCUCGGAGAAGUUGCUCCAACCGAAGAUAAAUUCGCAAGAAAACAAACGCAUUCAACAAAGACAACAGCUCCAAAAGAAAUACCACGAUCGUGGCGCAAAAGAGCUCAGCCCGUUGCGGAAAGGAGAAGUGGUGAGACUACAGCCAACCCGAAUCGGCGAAAAGAAAUGGAAGAGAGGGAUAGUCGUACGCAAAGCCGGGAUAAGAUCAUAUGAAGUCCAAUGCAAAGGGUAUACCUAUACUAGAAACAGAAAAUUCAUCCGACGAUCAAGGUUACCUGCAGAAUUCGGUAGUGACAACGCAGAUGAAGAGAUGUCAGACAUGUCCGAAGCGGAAGAGAACGUUUCUGUACCUACUGACAAUGAUCUGCCCCAAGAAAACCCUCAACCAGCACACUUAGAACGCAAUGAAACAAGUACUGAAACAAGUUCUACAAGCAAAACCCGUAGUGGACGGUUAGUUAAAAAACCUGACAGGCUAGGUAUAGACACAUAA